UCUGUAACCAGUCAUGCGUGGAAUUUAAUAUUUCUAUGGUAGUGACCUCAUAAAUGUCUGCAGCGACAUAUCGACAGCGAGCAUGAGGUGUUUAGAAAAUCAAGUGGUCUUAAGACACAAAAGUAUAUUUAUUAACUUUCACGUUUACUGUCACAUCACAAAUUCGCGUUCAUCGCUAUUUCCCAUGGCCUAUAUACUCUACGUAUUGUUUCUUAACAAUACAAUAAACGGAAGCGCACUAACGCGUUAUUUUCAUUAUACAGCAAUGGUUCGUUUGUUACGUAUUAUAAUAUUGCUUGUUACGUUUCAACUUGGAUUGUACGUCAUAUACCAUGACAAUGGAUCAAGGUGAUGUAACAAUAGGAGUGGGGUGGUUUGUUAAGGUGGGUUGUUGUUAAUCAUGCUGUUUGUUACAGAAACAAAGUUCGUUACGUCAGGGUGACGGAAGGUAAGUAUGGGUUAUGACGUCAUUAUAUAAAUGGAGUCAUAGUAUGUAUGACGUAACAAAUCUACAGAUUGUCCGAACACGCGUAGCUUUGAUGACGUCACAGCGUUAAAGAACGCCGAACUCAGAAGAAUGGGAGACAUUGUUCAACGAUUGUUACGUCAGAUACAGGUAUUAUGACGUACUUCAUGACGGCAUCUAACCCUUAUACAGUCCAGGGAAGAUUGUAGUGACGUCAACACCUACGUAUGCCACCCUUUAUCAUGUGGAUUAGUUUGUAACAUUCAUCAACUUGCAUCGUGUAUGCUUACCGCCAUGAGUAGGAACCUUACCACUGUGGUAGGGGUCGAUCACAGGGGGUUCUUUGGUGAACAAAGCUACCGGAAGUUACGACAAAUCAUACUUCCGGUUAGUGACGUAUGCCCAACUGUGACGUUGGGCGAGGAUCUUAAAAAGAUUGAAAAACCGAGUUUUGAAUAUUCGAUGACGUCAUUACCUCCUGAAGUGACGCAAACAGUGAAUCGUCUCCAUAGCAACCCUAUGACGUGGUGGGUGGGGCAAGUGACGUCAUACUUGAUGACGUUGCAACCGGAUAUGAGACGCGAGGUCGAUCGAAGCAUCGAACAGCACUUCAGUGACGUCAUAGUGGGGAUCCACGUUCGAAGAAGCGACAAAGUAAAUCGCGAAUCUCAAUUCUAUGACGCGGAUGAAUAUAUGAGGCACGUGGAGAAGUGGUAUCAGCGGAGAGACAUCGAUAUUAGACUCGGUAAAGGGGAAUCACCCAUCCAUGGAUCAAGCGAGACGCGUAAGGUGUUUGUUGCUACUGACGACGUCACAGUCAUCGAUGAAAUGAUACAAAGAUAUCCUCAUUACGUCAUAAUACACGAUCGAGAAAGCGCAGCGAUGGGGAACGAUAAGUUGUUACGUCACACUGCUGGUGGGAUUCAAUACGUCACAAUGGACAUUAUGCGGCUUGUGGAAUGCGAUUACGUCAUUUGCACGAUGACGUCAAACAUAUGUAGGUUGACCUUUGAACUCAUGCAACAAAGGUAUGGUGACGUCACAAACAGAUUAUUAUCGCUUGACCGAUCAUAUAACUUUCAUCGACGAAAGUUUCCGACCAACCAUAUCGUCGUAUUACCCCACACGGGGGCGACAUCAUCAGAACUAACGUUGUCGGUGGGUGACAGGGUGGAUCCCCUACAUAGGAAGUGGAAAGAUGACCUUUGUUUGGGCGUCAAAAGGUCAACCGGGGGAGAGAGGUAUUACCCAGAUCACGUG